AUAGAGUUGAACAAACUGGUGCGUAUUUUUCAAACAUUCUCGUGUAUUUUCAUUGUGGCAAAGCCAUUUCUUCAUCAUGACGUUAGCGAGAUGCGUGCCUCAUUGCGCCUGCGCUGCCACCAAAUUACGUAAAUUCGUAUAUGUGUGUCAUUCAAGUCUGUCAAUGAAGCGUAGUGACCACAAUGUGUCAGUGGAGUCCCUUUUUAGCAGCUUUCUUCACCCACAGCCUCACUCACGUGUUUGUGCGUGCCAAACUGUCGCCGACGACAUACGAGCACGCAAUGGCCCCAGUGGCACUAACGGCUCAUGGGCGGCAGCAUUAGUAAAUAUUUGCUCAGACAUUGCGGUUGCCAUUAGGCCAGUCGUUCAAUUGAUUGCAACUUCGGAAUAUUUUCACAUUUUUCUUAACAUUCAUGGCUCCUUGUCGGCGCCAAAAGCAUUCCUAGUCUAAGACACUCAGACCCCGCGGUUCAAUGAAGUACAUCGGAAGCGAGUAUUAAUUGGGACACGAGAUGUUAUGAGCACCGGGAAGUAUGAAUGACAGGUGUCUGCAGGAAUGUUCAUGUUACAUACUGUCAAAUAACAUAAGGGGAUACAAGGAUGGCACAGUUACUAAAAAUGACGAAGAAGUCGUGUUUGAAGAUAUUUCGCAAAAUUACACCUUUUAAGCCGAUGUCUGCGAUAAAACUUGAAGAAGAAGAUGAAAUAUCCAAUGAUAACCAAGACGUGACUUCGCGAUAUGAAGAACCAUCUUUAACAAAACCGCAAUAUAAGCAUGAAACCGAAACUGGUAAUCAAAAAUGCACUUUCAAGAGAAAUAAAACCGUCCAAGACUUCGAAACGUCUUCGGCAUAUGAGGCUGAUAUAGAUAAUUUAAGUUCAACCGAUAUCGAGAGUAACACGAUGCUGCAAAGUAUAACUACACGCUUGUUUCUAACCUCCGACGGCUAUGAAUUUCAACGAUUAGAGCAACCGCGUGGCGACACGGUCUCCGAUGAAAUAGUUUAUGAGCCCGAAAUCGCUACACACAAAAUUGUCUUCGAAAAGGUCCGAUAUAAAGAGCACAUCCGCUAUUUCCGUCGCACUCCGUCUAAUUUGAGCUUAGACAACGCUGACGACAGCAAACGCAAUGAGAGUACACAAAUCGCUGAUCCGCUCACCGAUCCACCAAAACGAACUCGCAACGCCGGCGAAGCCAAGCGUAGCUACAACGGCGGCGGCACGCGUCAACCCCCAACCGUCCAGUCUUUCCCACAAACUAUACCCGCAUAUGUGGCUAUCAAUGUAAUGAAUUUGGAAAUAAAAAAUCCUGGAAAAUGCGAAAGCGUUGUCAUAGCAGAGCAGCGUGACCGUUUUGAUAAACUGAUGCCCGUUGUCAAAUGGGAUAUCAACGGCAACUCGCUGGACGAUGAUUUCUACAUCGACGACAGUUGGAAUGAUUCCACGGAUAUGAAUUGGAAUAAUUCAAGUGAAAAGCGUGUUUCCCAAUUCAAAUUAGAUAGCGAGUCUCAAAAGUCCAGUUUUCGCUCCAGUUCGACGACAUUGGAAACUUGGCUGGACGAGGACUUGCUCGGCAGUUCGCUAAAUGAGCGACGACUAUUCGCUGGUGGCAAUCUUUGUCGGUCCAAGGUGUAAUGCAACGCUGCAUUGCAUAAACGUAAAGUUGUGAAUUCUAUGUAUUAUUACAAGUAUUUAAUAGUAUUAUAUAUUGUUCAUAUAUCUACCUGCAACGGAUAUACUCGUAUAGCUUAUAUUUACAUGCAUACAUAAAAACUUUGUACCUACAUACCAAUAUGUAUCUAAGAAUGAAAUUGUGUCUUAAAUUAAGCAAUAAUACGUACUUACUUUUGAACUAUACUCAAUAUGUACAUAUUUUCAUCUCAGCGCACCUCUAAUUAUAAAAUAAUAAAUAUAUACAAUAUUAUGUCUUCAUACACCCAAGCAUAUAGUGCAUCCAUGGAAUCAUAUGUAUAUUUAUUUCAGACAUUUUUAUAUACAGUAAUCCCCGCUUAAGUACCCCUUCUUAACAUGCAAGAAUUUUGGGACACUUAAGAGGGAAAGGCACUUAAAUGAAUCCAAGCUUUUUCUCAAAUAUCGUCGAAUAUUUUUUCUUUUAGAAUGAAAGCCACAUUUAUUUCUUAUUAAUAACAAAAAUACUUACUAAUAACAAUAAAUAUGAAAACAAAAACAUUACAAAGCUAUGUAUAUGUUCUCCUUUUGACAAUUCUCAGCGCAUUCAAUGUCAAAAAUAUUAAAAGGCACUUAAAAGAGUAAAAUUGCAAACAAUUUUGUUUUUGUGGCUUAAAUAUUACAGGCAUUUCAGCGGGAAAGGCACUUAAGCGGAGGCCCUUAAGCGGCGAAUUUUAUAUGUAAAUUUAGAGAAAAACAACGAUGCCACAAAAUAUGGUCACUUAAGCAGGAAAGAUACUUAAGUGGGGAUUACUGCAGUAAAAAAAGAGUCGUUGUUAAAGGUACAGAUUACAAAUCCGCAGGUCUUGAAUUCGUUCCAUUUUCUAUUAAGCAUUUGUACAUUAACAAACAUUUUGGGAACUCUAUCUCGAUCCGAAACUAUUCAUUUGAAAACAUGAUAUGAAAAGCUUCCACAAAUAUUAUACUACAGUUAAACAUCCAUAACUGGAAGUUAUCCAUAAAUCGAACUCUUGAAUUGGCAAUAGAAGUCAAAUCUCAUACAAAUUACCUACCAAGCCUCUCUAACUCGAAAGUUAUUUGUGGAUUAUGGUGAUUUGAAUGAGGGAAGUUCAACUGUAUUUCGACAAAAAUCUGAGCAAUAUUGGUCAUCUUCGGAGAGUAGUUUGUCUUUUAUCUUUUAGACUUCGAUUUCUUAAAUGUUUUAUGUGACAUUUUGAUUUGACGUUUAUUUACAUUUGAAAUUCGACAAUUGUUAAUAAUUCAAGUCAUACUAAAAAAUAUUAUAAAUUUUAAUCUCAAAUAAUCAAAAAUGUAUAUUUACCUUUACAAAUUGAAAUUAUUAAUUUAUUUUUGUUGGAUCGCCUCUUCGUCUGAGGAGUUUUUGGUACCAGUCUAUUAUUCAAUUUUAUAAUAUUAAUAUUUCAAACAAAGCACAACUUCACCCAUCUUUCCAAAAUAAAAUACAACUCUGAAGUAUCAGCCAUCGUAGUCAAAUUCAUUUGGCGUAAAGUGGUCACACUUGUGACCGCG